AUGGGCAACGAGGCGAGCUUGGAGGGCGGCGAAGGCUUGGCCGAGCUCCCCGAAGGUGUGGCCGCGGCCGGAGCCCCGGAGGGCGGCUUGCCACCCGGUGCCCCUUCGCAGGGCGCGAUUCCAGCCGGCGUGGAGGCGGAUCUGAGCCAGCUGAGCGAGGAGGAGAGGAGGCAGAUCGCCGCCGUCAUGUCAAGGGCGCAGCGGGGGCUGCCCAAAGGAAACCUGGCCGGCGCCGGCAGCGCGGAGCCGCCACCCUCGCCGAGACAUGCUCAGCUUGACAGCAGUCCCCAUCCAAGGCAGCCAGGCAAGCCUCCAGAUCCUCUGCCACAAACUCUAAGCAAAAGCAGAACAGUCGACACAUUGAAAACAGAGCAGCGGGUGCCUGGAAGGAGCCCAUCUUCCACGAGUUUGAGACAGUCUAAAUCGAGGACUGAUUUCAAAGAAGAUCAAAAGCCAAGUAUGAUGCCCAGCUUCCUCUCAGAUGCCAACCCAUUUGGCGCAGUCACUUCUGUUGUAAACAAAUUCAACCCUUUUGAUUUGAUAUCUGACUCGGAUACAGCCCAGGAAGAAGCUGCCAAGAAACAGAAACCCAUUCAGAAGGAACAGGAUAAACCUGAACAACAAAAAGGACCCAUCAAGCAGCCAGCACAACAACCAUCUCCAAAGCCAACAGGUUCACAACAGGGGACUGUCAAACCAACCCCACAGAAAACAGGACCUUCCAAACAGGUGCAGCAGCAGCAGCAACCUGGAGUGCCUAAACAGGCUCUGAAACCAGGGCCUAGCCAACCAACAGGCCCACAGUCAGAAGAAGCAAAACAGCAAGGACCACCAAAAUCUCAGUCCCAACAACCAGAGUCUACAAAACCUAUUCAACAACAGAGUCCUGCAAAACCUUCACCACAACAACCAGGAGCAGCGAAAGCAUCAUCGCAACAACUUGAUGCUGCUAAAACAUCCUCCCCGGCACCUGGUCCUACAAAGCCAGCAGCCCAGCAAGGAAUACAACCUGGUAAGCAGCUAUCUCAGCAGCCAGGAGGGCCUGCAAAGGCUGCUCCCCAGUCAGCAGGGCCCAGCAAACAAUCAUCUCAGCAGUCAGGAGGUCCUGCAAAGCCAGCUCCCCAGCCAGGAGGUCCCGUAAAGCAACCCUUACAGCAGCCCGGAGGGUCUGCAAAGCCAUCAGUUCAACAGGCUAGGCCUACAGAGCAACCACAGCAGCAGGCUGGACCUACAAAACCUACCGAUAAACAGCCUGGACCUUCCCAGAAACAACGUGCAGCUUCGUCUCAGCAGGCAUCUCAGCCUGGAGGACCAGCUCCAAAGAAAACAUUUUGUCCUCUUUGCACAACUACUGAACUGCUGUUGCACACUCCUGAAAAGGCCAAUUACAAUACGUGCACUCAGUGUCAAACUGUAGUCUGCAGUUUGUGUGGGUUUAAUCCUAAUCCACAUAUAACAGAGAUUAAAGAAUGGCUCUGUUUAAACUGCCAGAUGCAAAGAGCUUUAGGUGGUGACGUAACUUCUGGUCAUGGCCCUGGACCACAGCCCUCUGUAUCCAAACAAAAGAUACCUGCUCCAACUUCAGCAACCAAACCCCCUUCCCAGCCACAACAACCUACACAGAAGAAAGACGUUCCUCUAAAAUCUGAUGUUACCCCAGUACCCGAAUAUAAAAAGCCACCAACACAGACAAAACAUCUACCCAGUUCUUCUCCUGCAAAAUCAAAGCCUUCUGAUGCUGAAUUGCAGCCAACAGAAAGCACCCCCAAAUCUGAUGAAGCCAAGCCGUCAGUGGUUGAAGAUAAACAAAAACAAUCCAGUAUUCAAAAACCCACAAGUAACAUUGGGCCUACACCAUUGGAUACCAAAAAAGAUUCACCUGGCCUCAAACCUGCAUUAGCUCAACAGAAAGUAGUACACUCUCAAAAAUCAGAGGCUGUCAAGUCAUCUCAAGACACACCUACUCCUCUAGAUGCUAAAUCUGCUCCUCUAGAUGCUAAAACCUCACCUCAAGUGUCUCGGCAGAAAUCUGAUCCCAAGCUUGUUUCUCAGCCUGGACCGGGAUUGGAUACCAAGGCACAAAAACAAGUUGAGCAAGUGGACUUGAAAGAAGACCCUAAGAAAGUGCAACCUCCGAUGAAUCCUAAACCAGAUGCUAAGCAGCAGAUUCCCAAAGGACAACAAGCAACAGUAGGCCCAAAACCCAGCCAAGCCCAGCCACCAGCUCAGAUCCAACAACCUCAGAAAACUCCAGAACAAUCCAGACGAUUCAGUCUUAAUGUAGGAGGCAUCACUGAUGCCCCUAAACCACAGCCAACAACCCCUCAAGAGACAGUUACUGGGAAGCUCUUUGGAUUUGGUGCUUCCAUUUUUAGCCAGGCUUCAAAUUUAAUUUCCACAACAGGCCAGCCAGGAGCUCAACCACAGGGUCCUCCAUCUGGAUCACCCUCAAGGCAUACCCCUCCUCCAGCACAGCCCCCUGUCUCACAAAAAGACGUCCGUCAGUCUCAACCACCUCCCAAAGCAACACCCAUGAAAAAAGAAACAAAGCCUCUUAUGGCAGAAAAGCCGGAGCCACCCAAAGCUGAAGGCAUCUCCACUGUUAGAGAAACAGACGCGGAGAAGAAACCAUUGCCUGCCAAAGACACCAAGUCUCCAGCUGUGAAAGCUAAACAAAGUUCUGAUCCACCAGAAAUGGCUCGUCCUUCACUGCCAACAUCUGCUUGUCCUCUCUGUAAAAUUGAACUAAAUGUUGGUUCUAAGGCGCCUCCCAACUAUAAUACUUGUACGGAAUGCAAGAAUAUAGUAUGCAAUCUCUGUGGAUUUAACCCAAUGCCGCACAUAACAGAGGUAGGCAAAGCUUUCUUUGGUAUUAAUAUUUUUCGUGAACCACUAUUGUGUAAAUGA